AUGUGUUCGACUGUUGCACCUCCAGGAGUAAAUCCGCCAUUAAAAGAGAAGCAAAAAUAUUUGCAUAUAUUCGAUGUAAUUGGAGGAUAUCCAUCGCAUGUUAGAACGGUUUACGGUGAAGCAUUAACAUAUAAACGGGAAAAAGUUGUGGCGAUCGUCGAGACAUUUCGACAUUCAUUGUGCGCUUUUCCGGCUCUUUCGAUUGUCUUUAUCAAUAUUGAAAAGAAUUGGAAUUUAUAA